CCCUCCACCAACCUCCCCAUUUCUUGUUUCAUCUUGCUGGAGAUGGCUGUAGUCGAUUUGUGGUCUGUAUAUUCCGUUUGCUUUCCGGUCAAAAUCCGUUCGUUUUGGAAAUCGAGUCAAGAACUAGGGAAGAACGUCCAUACCCCUGAAAGAAUCUCGUGUGUCAGUGGCAUCAGUAGUGGGUUUCUUGACAGGAAGAGUCGCUCGGGUAUAUCGGUGAAUCAGAGGAUACCAGCCUCGCCUUGUCGAGUUCUGUCACUGGUUUAGAAGUUUUGUCCAACUCUCAGUUUUGUUCUUUUCUCUUCUAAAAUUUAUUCGUACAACUGUCUGGAUUCAAAAGUUCCAACGGCCCCUUAUAUGAACUGUAUCAGUUAAGCGCCGGUUUCGUAUCAGCCGUCAUUGACGUAUCUCUUCGCACGCGUCACAAUGGGCACACUGGCCUCAGGACGGCCCUCUUCUCUCCACUUCUCUGACCACCCCUCUCUCACCGCAUCCCUCGAAGACUUUGAACCGUCCGAUCGAGAACGAUCGCCUCUAUGGGCGAUUCCCUCCGCGCACAGCGGCUUCUUAUCUGGACACUCUGUCGGAUCUUCAGAACCUGAGAGCGAUCCAGCCGCCUCUCAAUGGUCGCCUCCCGCGUGGAGGAAGGCCAGCAGUGGAUGGUACGAACGGAAAGGUGGCCCCAUGCGGUCCAGUUUUAGCCCCCGUCGCAGCAAUAGUCAGUCAGUGGAGCGGAGCGCCGAGUAUGCCAGCGCGGAUGAAGGAGAUCUCACCUUACCGGCCAUGGUGCCUUUGCCGGCAAGUCCUGAGAAAGGGACGCCGCGAGAGUCCCCAGUGCGGGACACUGCGGGACACGGCAGGGAAUAUGAGAGGGAACGGUCGGAAAGUGUUGCCCCCGAAGUGUUGAAUAACAAUUACAUUCGUUUCGCCGUUCGAGCGGAAGUACAGCAGCGAACAGAACCAAUCGAAGCCGUUGUCACUUGGAUCAGACACAAAGUCGAUCUCAUCACAAAGUCGCGAACUAACGCCGUGGUCGCGGUCUGCAUUGCCUUCCUCUCCAUCUUCCUCUUUCGGGUGCUCUUCACAUUGCCUUCGCAAGGAUACGUGCCGGACUUGGUCAAAGUGGCCGGCAUCGCCAAGUCAUUGGAGCCGAUGAUUUACUACAGCGAGCAUGGUGUCCAGCAGAUCGAGGACCUGCAAGAUACGGGCGUGGCCGUGUGGGAUUUGGGGGAAACAAUUAGGCAGACCAACCUGACUAGCGCUGCUAUCAUUGUCGGAGAGUUGGACGAGCUGGGCGACGGACUGAAGCGGUUGGCAAUUGAGUUGACCAAGUUCUUUGCCAAUGUCGAUGGCGACAUCGAUAGCGUUCUUAUUGUAAUGGAGUGGGCGAGGCGUGAGCUGUCCGUAUAUUCAUCGGCACCUACGUCGCCCCUCUCGUCCGCAUAUACCAACCUCCAUUCCAUGCUCACCGACAUCGGUCUCCUGGAAAACGCGCACACUGGGCGACCAACCGCCUUAGGCCGCGUCCUAACCGCCUUCUUCGGUCCAACCCCCCAACAAAAAACCCGCGGCGCCCUCCAACGCACGUUCCACGAAUUCCUUAACGUCCUCGAAGAGUCCAUCAACAACGAGCUCCAAUACAGCGCCGCGCUCUUCACCCUCUUCGAGCAAGUCGACCGUAAGUUCCUCAACCUGCAGCGCAUCGUCGUCCGCGAGUCCGCGCAGCAGGACCGCGAGGAAAGCGAGCUGCUCUCCUCCCUCUGGACGAAGGUCAUGGGCGCCAACGCGCGCACCCUCGCCAAGUUCGAACGCAACAAGCGCCUGCUGACCUCGAUUCGCGCGCGCACCGUCCGCAACAAGCAGGUCCUCGAGGAGCACAACGCGCGCUUACGACAACUUCAGGAGCGUCUGGAGAAUCUGAGGCGACGACUGAUCAAUCCACUGGUGCGCAGCAAUGAGAGCAGCACGUUAAGCGUCGCGGAGCAGAUCCGUGGGAUCCAGGGAACACAUGAGCAUCUGAAGGAGCUACGGGAGCGGCAGAAGUCGAAGGUGUUGGAGAUGAUCUUUGGUCCGAGUCGGCGAAGGGCGACGUUGGUGGGGGCGGAUCGGAUGGAGAUUGACGAGCGGUAGGCGCAGGCCGAUUUCGAGCGCAAGUCUUUACGCAGGCUGGAUUAUGGCGUUUUGGGGAUCGGGGGCGGUGAAUUUCACAUAUACGCAGGGACGACGGUUAGGGGCAUUUAUUAGGAUAUAUAAAACGGCUCCUGAUGCUCGAUUUGAGCGGAAUCCAACGAUAAUGAGUGUACAGAGUCCCAAGCAUUAUUCAUCCUUGCCUCAGACAU